UACGGAGCAGUUGGUGAAUGUGGUUAGACUUAGACUUAGUAAUUGGAGUAACUAAAAGUGAAUUUGGAGUGAUCAAGUUUUUAGUUCAAGGCAGAACAGAAAUUGCUUCAACGUGGACCGUUCUGAAACGAGCAAACAAGUGGUUUAAGGAGGCCAUGAUUAGCCGAAUUCUAGCUGUUGUAACAGUGCUCAUCACAUUCGCUACCACCUGCCUGGAAGCCCGUCCGGAACCCCCGGUUGGCAGUAACGGAGGAGGUGGUCCCGGUGGUUCAGGCAGUUCAGGACCCUAUCCACCAUCCCGCCCGCAACCGGAUCCAGGCUACAGCUAUGGUCCUCCCCAGCUACCACCGUCGAUAUCGGUCAACAGCUAUGGGUCCGCAACGUCCGAAUAUGCACCACCGAAACCGGCUCCGAUAAUUCACAAGCAUGUGUACGUGCACGUACCCCCGCCGGAUCCCGAGGCACCCCCGACCAGAAAACCCAUCACCGUUCCACCUCCCCAAAAACACUACAAAAUCGUCUUCAUCAAAGCACCCUCACCGCAGACACCGGCACCGCCAGUGAUUCCACCCCUGCAGCAAAACGAAGAAAAAACCCUGGUAUACGUUCUCGUCAAAAAACAGGACGAACUGGACGAGAUCAUCAUUCCAACGCCUGCUCCGACGCCACCAUCCAAACCGGAGGUGUACUUCAUUCGCUACAAAACGCAGAAGCAAGAAGCUGGCCCAUAUCCGGAGAGCGGGGUCCCAAGCGGAGAGUACGGAGUACCACCGGGUCCAAGUCCCAGCAACAGCUACGGUGCCCCACUACUAUAGGUCAGUGCUGUCCGAGUACGUUUACCAGAAGCUGCUGAAGCUGUACGGUUUAUCGGUGGGGUGUGAGGGAGUACCGGUAGGUUAGAAAUUGUAACGCAUUCCUAGGUUACCCAAUUAAGGUAAGAGGGUGUCCACUUUUUUCUUCUAUGAAGUUCUAUGUGGUAAGGUUCCCAAAAUAAAACACGUUAAUAGUUUAUAUUUUACGAAUUAAAA